AAAGAGAUUUGUAUCAUAUUUUUUAAUUCCUAACCAAAAGAAAAUUGUAAGAAGUUAUUUGAUAGUAUAUUUAAAAAAAAAUUUGAUGAUGAACAUGAUACUAAAAAUUAUUUAAUUAAAAAAGAAGUGUAAAAAUAGUAUUGAUAUGAGCUGUAAAAAUCAUAAUUUUUAAAAUUAUUUAAUAGUAACUAGAAAUAAUUAUUUGAUAGCAAUAAGAUUUUUCUGAAAUUCUAAACAUAAGAUAAUUGUAAAAGUUUAUAUGAUAAUACUUUUCCUUUUCUAAAAUCGUAAACAAAAAUAUAAAAAAGGUUUUGAUAAUUUUUCUUUUUUUAAUUGUAAAUAAAAACGAUAUUUUUAAAAUAUAAUUUUUUCCCUUUUUAAAAAAUCUCAACAAAAGUAAACAUACAUAUUUAAUAGUAUGUAAAAAAAAAAGAAUUUGAUGACAAGUAUGAUGCUAAAGCUAUUAAAUUAACAAAAAUCAAAACUUAGGAUGUUGUCGUGAUUGAUAUUUAUGUGUUUGGUUAUACGAAAAUCAAACACAUGUUUGAUAUAUUUAUUCUCAUGUUUGCUCAUAAAAAUUGAUUAUUAUUACUGUCACCGUACAUAUGUUUAGUCAAAAACAAAUCAAGCUUCAUCGUUAUCUUAUUACACUUUGUAUUUUUACUAUGUAGUAGUUUAUAAUUUAUUUUAAUUAAAAUGUUAUUAUGAAAAUAUAUCAUUAAUAAAUAAUGAAUCCAGAAAAUUAUAUAAUAUCAAAUAAGUUUAAUAAAACAUUAAAUUAGUACAUAAAAAAGUGUAUAAUGUUGUCAUUGCUUCUUGACCUUAUUUAACUUCCAAAUACCUUUUUAUUUCAUUAUAAUUAUUAUUUUGGGCUGGAUCCGUUUUAAAUUUUUACGUUUGAAUUUUUUUUCUACCUCUAACAAAUAUUAACUGAAACUUAUGUGUGAAAAUAAUCUUAAUUAUAAAAUAAAGUUCACAUAACAUAUGCAAAACAAUUUUAAAACAAUAAUAAAAUGAUUUUUUAAUAUUUUUUAUUAAAUUAAAAAAUCAAAUAAAGCCAGUUGCAACUCACAGGCCAAAUCUAGUUCUUUAUAUAGUAGAUAACCAAUGAGAAUUAAGGUAGAUUUGACUAUAUCGUGAGAUGAUUUUUUUCUCUUAAUUUUAAAAGUUUUCUUUUCUUAACCUAGAGUAGGAGAAACUUUUGACUCAGAGAUGGAUAUUCGGAUGCCAGAGAUUGACUUUAUUCCCUAGAGUAUAUAUGCUAGUGGACUUAUAUACUUAGAUCACCGGAGAAGAAGGAGGCAAAUCAUUUUUCUCGAGAAAACUAGAAAAGCGUUGGAGAAUCGGGCACAAGGUGCAAUGGGGCGUGUAAUGGCGGAGCCUCCACCACCGAAUCUCAUGGUGAAAGCGAGAGACGUUCUUGCGACUCCAAGCCACCAAGGUUUAGAGAGCGUCGUCACCCAUCUCUUCUUUAUGGGUCAAGAAACCACCGAAUAUCAAACGGCGAAUGCCCUCUUCAACUACCUCACCCUUUACUUCGCCAACUGCUUAACCCUAAAGCUUCUACACAUGUACCGAUCCUCUUCCAUCGGCGUCCACAGAUCUCACUUGAUCUAUCUCCUCUUCGAAACCCUCCAAGACUACAAGAACCGCAGAUUCGAACUAUCUCUCGUCGCUCUCAACGAGAUCAAACCCCUUUUGGUUUCUUGCUUGAGGAUGCAAGAACCCGAGAUCAUAAACCUCAGGCGGAUCGUGUCUUUCAUCGCUCACGAUGUUAUGAUACUCGACAACGGCGGUUGGGACGAGCUCAGCGAAUGUAUCUACGAGAUAUCGUGUCACGACCCUCUAAAGGCUUUGCACGUCUUCGUGGACUUGCCUCCAGUGUACGAGAGGUUCGUACACAAUUGCGGAGGGAUGGUUGUGGAGAAGGCAGAGAAGGUGCUGCUUGUUCCUUACCAUGACCGAGUCGAUGAUUGGAGUUUAGGUUUGCAAGCUGUUGUGAAACUUGGGAUUCAAGUCUUGGAUUCUGAAAUGAAAGUCGAUAUGGUGAAGCGUCUUCUUGCUCUUCUUGUCAAGGCAGCGAGGGAUCUUGUGGCGAAGGGUAUGGAAGAGUUUCUGGUACGAGGGCUUGCGGAUCUCGAGAGGUUCUUGGAACGAGAGAAGAGGUUGUAUAAUUACAAUAAGGAUCAAUGUGAAUUUGUGUCUUGUUUCUUGUUCAAGAUCAAAGACUUGGGACCACUAACCAAUGAGGCUACGGAGAGGAUCCAUCGUAUGGUUAAGUCUACACCAUCACGAGUUCAUGGAGCAUGUUCUGAAGGUGAAUGGUUUGAUCGUUUGAACAACUUACCGCCUCUUGAGAUAUUAAGAAUCUUUGCGUCUACUGAUGUUGAAGAGAGGUUCAGAGAUAUGGCAAUCAGACGGCUCAACGUGUUACUCUCUGAUUACGUUUCAAGGGAAGAAGAGUCAACGGACGCUUCACUGUUGAGAGAACUUCAGCCACUGCUCAUCUCUUGCCUUUGGGAAAAAGAAGGAAUCACUGAGAGCAUGUUCAGAGUCCUUGGUGAGGUUGUCUACCACGUUGCGUUUGAGAUGAUGACCUCCCAUGUUGAGUUAUGGGAUGAUCUCGGCUACUAUAUUACAUCACACAUCGAAACAGAUUUUCAGAGAGCGGUUUAUGUCUUCCAGUGCUUAACAAUGUGGCUUCAUGAGGAAUUUAUUGAUCCUAUAGUGGAGCAUCUGCUCCCAGAGAUAAACAAAAGGCUAAACCCACCGAGUGAUGUUUUGGUAGAUAGCAGUUGUUGCUGGGUCUUGGCAUUUUUGGGUGCCUUUUGUGCCAUCAGUCAAUUGGUAGCGAUGAAAGAUUAUGCUGAAACUGUGAUGGAGAUGGCAGAUAAGAUGGUAGAUUCAGUGAGAGAGCUUGUGGAAAGAAAAUUGGAAGUUGGGUUUGUGAGGAGAGCUUUCAGAGAUUUUGAAAUCAUUGUGAAGAAGCAAAUGGAAUGGUUUCGUAUGAACGAAUACAAGUUGACCAAGUCUCUGCUUCUUAGACUCUACGUAAUCAAAGGCAUGACAAUGGACAGCAAGAUGGUGUUGUGGAGAAUCAACGUGUUUGUGGAAAGAGGAAUGGCUGAUCAUCUGGCCGCUUAACGGUUGUAUAAUCUGAUGGUUAGUCUGAUAUUGUAUAUACGUUAGUGCCAAUCCUUCUUUCAUACAGUUAGAGAUUCUCUUGAGUGUUUCCUCUUUGGUUAUGUUCCCCUCAAUGUGUUUUGUCUCUGUUUGAUCAUGUCUCGAGAGGUACAGAUACACUGUACAAAUAUACCUAAUGUCUCGAGCUCAACAAUCAUUCUUUCAUUCAAUAAAAAACUUACCUCUUGAGGGCUUUUGUCUCUGUAUAACAAUCAUUCCAAAGUUUAUUUUGCCUUGGUUUAAUCAAAAGUCAGUUACAAACUUGUUUAUUUUGUAAGCUCCUUUGAGCUUGUUAAAAAAAAGAGAUUUUGAUACGCCCUGCAAUAAAAAAAAGUAAAGCGUCGAUCAACUUUGGGUUUAUAUUAGUAUUUUAUUAUGGAUUAAUAAUUUUUAUUAAUGCAGUAUCAAUUUGUAAAGCGAGAUUCUGAUCUAAGAUCUGAACUUAAAUAUUUGGGAUUCGAUGUCUACAAUUUAAAGUGUAUAAAUACAAUAUAUUUUAUUACAAAUUAAUAAUUUUUAUAAUGCAGUAUGUUAUAAGUUAGUAGUAAAAUAUAAAUAAAUUUAAAAACUAAUAUAGCUUACUAGAAAUUUUGAUUUUUUCAGAAAAUAAGUUUGGUAGGAUAAGACCCAUUUUGUAGUGGUCUAAAUAUGUGCUUAUUUGAUAAAAUAACCUGCAAAAAUUUGUAACUGUAAGAAAUAAAUCUUAAACUCCUUCACCAUAUACAAACAGAAUAAUAUAAACAUUGAAUAAUGUGUAACGUUUUAGCAAUUUAUAUAUAUAUAUAUAUAUAUAUCUAAUUUUUAAUAUUCUAACUUAAACAAUUUUUAUUUUAUAUAUUAACUUUCAUUCCCAACUUGUUUCACCAUAUAAUGAAAUAAUACAAAUAUUGAUUAAUUUUUAAUAUAUUUAUAAAUUUAAAAUGUAUAAAUAUAAUUUUAGGAGAAUCUACCAAAAACCGCUUAAAUAAUGAUUUAAAUUGUAAAAGUAGAUCAUAUAUUCAAUCAAAUAAAAACUGACCUUUUUAGGUGGUAAAUUACUAUUUAAUUCUUAUGACCAAACAUAAAAUCAGAAAAUUAUUUUACGAUUUUGUCAUUCGAAAGUCUACACGUAACAAAAGAAUUCUAUAUAUAUGUAGAUCCCCUAGAAAGUCUAUUAUGUAGACUUAUUUUGUAGUCUACAUCAUAAUUUGAUCUAAUAAUUUAAUUUUAAAAAUGUAUAAAUAUAAUGUUUUUGAAAUUUUCAAUUAAUCAUCAAUAUAAAGGUUAAUAUGAAGUAUAUAAAUUAAUAUUAGGAGAAUCUACCCAAAACAGCUUAAAUAAUGAUUUGAAUUGUAAAAGUAGAUCACAUAUUCAAUCAAAUCAAAACUGACCUAAAGAAGUGGUAAAAUUACUAUUUAAUUCUUGUGACCAAACAAAAAAUCAGAAAAUUAUUUUACGAUUUUGUCAUUCGAAACUCUAUAUGUAACAAAAGAAUUCUACAUAUAUGUAGAUCCCCUAAAAAGUCUAUUAUGUAGAUUUAUUAUGUAGUCUACAUCAUAAUUUGAUCUAAUAAUGUAAUUUUUAAAAUGUAUAAAAAUAAUGUUUGUAAAAUUUUUAAUUAAUCAUCAAUAUAAAAGUUAAUAUGAAGUAUAUAAAUUAAUAUUUUAUAUAGUUAAACAAUUUAAAAGAGUAUAUAUUGAUUUGGUAACCAUGUAUUGGACAAUGCUUAUGGUUUAUUAAUAAAAGGUUCAUGUAAGCUCUUUUAGAGUUAGAUUCUUAGGGUUAGAUUAUAGAUUUAGAAAAAAAUUUAUUCAUUGACCUAAAUUUUUUUUAGAGUUAGAUUCUUAAGGUUUAGAUUUAUAGAUGUUAGACAUAUUAAUGCCGAGUAGUUAAUAUUACAUAUUUCUGUAUUUGAUACAAUGAUUAAUUGAGACCUUUUUGUUAUCAAGUAUACAUUUAGGGUUUGGAGUUUGUGGUUUAAGGUGUUGUAGAUGUAUAAUGGAGUCUACUCAUUUUAAGGGUAUAGUAGACGUCUUUUGUAAUCUACUAGGAUUCUGAGUACAAAAAAUAGUUUUAAAUUAAAUUAUUUUUCUUAUGAAAUUUUUUAAAUCAUAAGUUAAAAUUAUUAGAAGAAUAAAGAACAAAAUAAUUAUAAAUUAAUUUUUAUAAUAAAGAUAAUAAAAUCAUAGUAGACUAAUUUCUAAGUCUACCAAACCAGACACAAUUUGAGAUUACAAAAACGAAAUAAUUUUGAUUUAUUUUAUUUUUUGUAUGAAUAAACUAAAAUGAUAAUCAUCACGCUUAUAUUCAAAAAUUGUAAAAUCAUAUUAAAAUUAUUAAAAAACCUAGAAUAAAAAAUAAUAAUAAAAUUAUAAUAGUAGACUUCCAAAAAAAUCUACUUAGUAGACUUAUAAUAAAGUCUACUGAGUAGAUUUACAAUAAAAAAUACUCCAAAUUUUUAAUUUUAGUAGACUUCCAAAAAUAGUUUACAGUGUCGUAAAUUUAACCUAGCUAGAAAUUUUGUCUCCUUAUAUAAAUGAAAUUUACAUAAUCUCUCUCUAAAAUGGCUGCACAAGUUUCUAAAACUCUCUCAUUAUUAUCUUUUUUUGUAGGUAUUAUCAUUCAUGGUUUUCAUCUUUUUCUUUAAAAAUGUAAGUUUUAGAUCUAUAGAUUUUAAAUAUGUACGUUUACGUUUAUAUUCAAAUAAAGUUAUAUAUUCAAACUAUAUGCAUUCAAUUUGCUAUUAUUUUAUCUCAUCACUCAUAAACGUCAAGCUAUAGACUAUAAACAAGCGCUAAAUGGGAGGCAGCCCAUUACUAGGUAUUUUACUUACGGUUUUAUUUAUUUUUUCCGAUUUAUUUGAUUUCAGAUCCAAGGAAGAAAAGUUUGUAACGAGCAUUGUCUGACACCCUUUACCAUAUCUUGGUUGAUACUGUGCGUACAAGAGCAUCGCCCGACACCACUCUAUUAUCGAUCGAUACUCUUAUCAGAAACAAGUUACCCGAUUCCUUGUUACAUUCUAUUUACUUAUGAUUUAUUUUCUUCUUUGAUCUUAGGCUGAAUAAACUGGGGACAAUGUUGUUUAAGUCUUGGAGAAGUGUUACUAAUAUUGAGUUUUGUUUUUGAUUUUUGCUUUUUGAGUCGAAUAGUAAUUCAUUAUUCUUAACAAUAGGUCGUGGAGAAUUCUUGGUUCAUCAUACUAUACCAAAUCGAAGCAAACUCCUUUUCCUUUGCUUUUUUGGAAGAAAGGGAGGAUCUGGACAAAAUCGAUGAAAUGGAAGAAAUCCGAGUGAAUGGAAAAAAUGUUUUAUUGAGUCAAGAAAGAGACUAUGAUAAGUUUUUCGAUUUUAGUAGUAUUUUACCAUCUCUAGCACCAUCUAAGAUUUACUGAUUGCAGAGUGUAAUAGAUGAAGACACCGCAGUGGAUUACCUACCACUAACACUCACACCUGCUAAGAAUGCUUAGAGAAACCAAAGCUGACUUCCAACCUUAAUCUACAACAGCAGCUUGUUUUGGGGCUUGGUAUACACUGAAUCGGAUUCCUCCUACAAGUCUGGAAGGUAAAAAUCUGUGCUUUUCUAUUUUCCCUCUCUUUCCCCUUUUGAUUUUUAAGGAAUUUGAACAGGAUUUGGUGGCAACAACCAUUAAAACUUGAUUCAUAAAAAAUCUAGUAUGAGAUAACGGUCAAAAAGAAGUGAACAGAAAUUGGUGGCUACAACCAUUAGAGUUUGAUUCAUGAAAGCAUGUCUAUUUAUUCCAGUCAAUUAAACAAAUAAAAUGAUACCCUGCAAAGGAGGGAGACAUUGACUGAGAGAGGUGAGAAGAGAGAGAGAGAAGAAAGGGAUUAGAUAUGACUGCAUGUUGAUCAAGAUACUUGUCUGAGUAAGAGUCCAUGUGUCAUAUGAUCGAUAUUUCCAAGAUUUAGCCUAAACAUCUAUAUUUAUGCAGAAAUGAGGUCAGUAGAGCGGUAUGUGGAGCUAUUAGUGGAAUUGUUUGGUGUAUGAAAUGGUUGCUAAGCUAGUGUGCAGUCAUUGAAAAUCACUUUUGAGGUCAGUGAUCGUUCAGUUCCAUUUAUAUUAUUUGCGGAGAUACUUGGUAGUACUUCUAUAAAUUGUUUUGCGUUUCCGACGUUUUCAAACCUUUUCCAGAGAUACUUGAUAGUACUUCUAUAAAUUGUUCUAUGUUUUCCUUGAAGACAAGCAAAAUGAUAAGUCAGAGAGAGUUGAUAUACUAUGGAUUUGACCACUUUUUAUGCCAUAGUAUAUAUCUUAUUUAGAGUCUUUAUGUUAUGUUUGGUCUAUUCUAGUAUAUUUAUAGGUCUAGGUACAUUAUGGACAUUAUGGAGCUGAAAUGGAGCCAAACCCGUAGCUGAGCAAAUGAAGAGGCGACAAAGCUGAUAUCCAGUGGAAGUGUCGGUCGACACACAUCCUUGGUGUCGAUUGACACAUGUGUGUCGACCGACACCCGAUGCGAGGAGUUUUGCGGGCCGAAAUCAAGAUUUGAGCCCAGAAGUUCACAUAUUUACAAGAAUGCUCCUGGCGAGUUUUAACCUAGAAUAUAUAAAAUUAUAAAUUGUGUCAUUGUUUGGGCAUAAAGACACACAAAAAUACAGAGUAGAUUUUAUAGCUUUAAGGUUUUGGAGAAAAGAUUCAAGAACUCCUUCAGAGUAUUGUAUUGGAACUCCAGUUUUCUAUCUCUAUCUUAUUUCGCAAUUCAUUCAGUUUAUCUUUAUGUCUUAUUAUGUCUGAGUAGUUACCUUGUUACACUUAGGGUUUAUAUGGUUAUGAAGAAUUAUUAAUAUUAGAACUGCUAGGGUGAUAAAUUGACAUCCUGAGUUAGAACUUACUGUUUGUAUUCUAGAGUAGCUAACUAGAAUCAUGAUUUAGGAGUUGACAACUACGAGAGUAGGCUCAUAUCUGAUAGUAAUUCUGUUGAGCUAGGUUGUUAGGCGCACGCGAGGGCUGGUCUAAACAUCUAGUGAACAUAACCGAUCAAAGCUUAAAGCUUGUCGGAAGAGUAUGGAUCGACACCCUUUAAUUAGGUGCAUCGAUCGAUACCGAUUCCGUGUGACACGCGAGAGCGUAGACAUAGAAUUCCAACACAUAGACUCGCAUUGAGAGCUAGACAAUCUUAUAUUAGUAUUCGAGUUCUAGGAUUGAUUAUCACAUGCACUUAUCAACUAUAUCAUAAUUUAUAUUACCUUACCUGAAAAUCUAGCUUCCGUUUUAUUUGUGCAAACACAUCUCAUCUAUCCUAUUUACUGAUCAGAUGAAUAGUAAAAUCAAAUUAAUUUGUACAAUUUAACUAGAUUUAUGACUGAAUAUAAAUAAAUAUGUUAAAAUAACUUUGUGACUACAUAAGAUAUUAAUAAAAUAAAUAUGUUUAAUGGCAAAAUUGUAAUGAUUUAUAUUCUACUGUUAAAAUGUAGUAAUUUCAUUUUUGUAAUUACUAUUUUAGAGUUAACCAUAGGUAUAAACAUCAAACUAGUGAUAAAAUAAAAUUAGAGUUAAUCUAAUAGCAAACUAAUAAAUAAAAACUAAACUAACUUUUUUCUAUUAAAUUUAAUAGGGUAUGAAAGAUGAUGUUUGUCCACAAAACCACAGAGAGAGACUAUUAACAAACAUGUAUGGAAUAUUUUGCACAACAGAUGGGUGUUCAAGAAAUCACAAGGCAGUGAUUAGGUGUUUGGAUGAGGACUACCACAUAGGCAGAUUAUUCGGGGCAUAAGCGUUAAAGAAUCAUUGAUUUAUUUUAUAUGUAUUUUAAAUUUAUACGAGAUAUUUAGUUUUUGGGUCUAAUUAUAACAUUAUUUUGAUGAAUUAUCAAAAUUAAAUAUACAAAAUAAUUAAACAGAUUUGUGAAUUUUUACUAACAUUAUUAAUUAAUUUAACAUAUUUAUACUACUUUAGAUCAACUUAACCCAUUUUAAAAGUGUUUUAAAUUGGAUUUAAAAUAAAUCUUUUCUGUUAAAGAGGAAUUUGCCACCUAGGCGCUGCCCAGGGCAAUUUAGUUAUAAGUGAUUUAAAUUGAAUAAGAUUUAGAUGAAAUUAUAUCAAAAUCUCUCUUCAAUAGAUGAUAGACUUUCUCUAUUUAAAAAAAAGGUAAGAUAUCUUUAAAUACUGUACCAAAAUAGUUGUAAAUAUAUAGUCAAGCAGAUAUAGUCAAAUACUUCAAAAAUUAGUGAUUAUAUUUCUAUAAUUUAUCACCUUAUAAUUGUAUAUAAAGCUUUUUACUAGACUCCAACUUUGUUAGAUCUAUCUACAAUAUCAACAUAGACAAAUAUUAAAAACAAAAUGGCCAAGGCAGCUUCUUCACUUGCUCUCCCCAUAAUCUUCCUUGUUUUGUUUUCCUUUGGUGAACAGAAUAUGGGAUCUAUAUGGUGCGACAAAUUUAUUGGACCAUGCGUUAAAUUUCCAGAUUGUGAUCAAUCUUGCAGAGAUAAACUUGGACCAGAUUCAAAUGGCUUUUGCGACAUAAAAGCCAAAAAUUAUUGUCAUUGCAAAUAUGAUUGUUGGAACGGUAAAACUCAUGUGUGAACUAGAAUGCUAUGAAAUGUCAACUGUUUCCAAUGUAUAAGUAAAAAUCAAGGAACAAAAUAAUGUCAAAUCAUAUUGGAUAUGGUUUUUGUAUUA